CCCAUUAAAUAGGAAGGUUUUGUGAUACUUAUAGAGAGAAAGAAAAUGUCUGCGAAAACCUACUAGGUUAGAGAACCGGCGACGAGCAGGGAACCGAAGGGGAAGAGAGUACAGAAGAAGAAGAGCAGCUAUGGUGCAUGUUUCGUUUUACCGAAACUAUGGGAAAACCUUCAAGAAGCCCCGUCGUCCAUACGAGAAGGAGCGAUUGGAUGCUGAGUUGAAGCUCGUCGGAGAGUAUGGACUUCGCUGUAAGAGAGAGCUCUGGAGAGUUCAAUAUGCUCUGAGCCGUAUCCGUAACAAUGCAAGGAAUCUGUUGACAUUGGAUGAGAAGAAUCCUCGCCGGAUCUUUGAAGGUGAAGCACUGUUGAGGAGAAUGUUUAGAUAUGGUCUCCUUGAUGAAACUCAGAACAAGCUCGAUUAUGUCUUGGCUCUCACUGUUGAGAACUUUCUUGAGCGUCGUCUUCAGACACUUGUCUUCAAAUCUGGCAUGGCUAAGUCUAUUCAUCAUGCUAGGGUUCUCAUUAGGCAAAGGCACAUCAGGGUUGGGAGGCAAGUGGUGAACAUUCCAUCCUUCAUGGUGAGGGUUGAUUCACAGAAGCACAUUGACUUUUCACUCACCAGUCCUCUUGGAGGUGGUCGUCCAGGUCGCGUGAAGCGAAAGAACCUUAAGGCUGCAGCUAAGAAGGCUUCAGGUGGUGAUGGAGACGAAGAGGAUGAAGAUUAAAUUAUGAUUUUCUUUUGCUUAGAUCCUUGCACCGACCUUUUUAAAUCUGCUGUAGACUUUUUAGAUUAUUUGUUAUGUAUUACUUACAAUUUACCUGAGAUGUGUUGUUUUUGAAGUUUUAUUUUUCAAGUAUUAAGUUUUGUUCCAACACAUUUGAUGAUCUUUGAGAUAUAAAUGAAGAUUACUUAA